AACAUUUCAUGUUAAAUGUUGCCAAGACGAGACCAUAUAGCUCGCACUGUCAAAAAUAACUGGUUGCUACUCACAUGCCUUGAAGAAAGAUGGAAAUUGAUAAAAUUGGACAGGUCGUGUGUACAAAUGAUACCGACCCAACAUAAUCUAGAUAGUUUCAAGUACAUGUGUCAAAAUACUGGAUCAGCAGAGAACAGCGAUAAAGAGCCUAUAAAUAUGAUUAGACGACUUGGUGGUCUCGCAAUACUGCAUAGUUACAUAAUGAAGAUACUUGUGUUGUUGUUGUGCUCUGCGGUAGCAGUGACAUGUGGUAAGGUGAGACAAGGUAGAAAGUUUCCAGAUGAAUUUGUCUUUGGAGCUGCUACUGCCAGUUAUCAAAUCGAGGGAGCAUGGAAUGAAGAUGGGAAAGGAGAAAACAUCUGGGAUUAUUUAGUCCACAAUAAUCCAGAUGCGAUUGCUGACCGUAGCACGGGUGACGUAGCGUGUGACUCUUACCACAAGUACAAGCGCGAUGUAGAGAUGAUGCGAGAGUUGGGCAUCGACUCCUACCGGUUCUCCAUAUCAUGGUCUAGGAUAUUACCGACUGGCUUCCCGAACCAAAUCAACGAAGCUGGCAUACAGUAUUAUAAUAACCUUAUCAGCGAAUUACUUAAAUACAACAUCGAUCCCAUAAUAACAUUGUACCACUGGGACCUGCCUCAAGCACUCCAAGAUCUGGGCGGCUGGCUGAACCCUCUUAUUGUUGACUGGUUUGAGGAUUACGUUCAUGUGGUGUACGAGAACUUUAGCGACAGGGUGAAGAGUUUCAUCACAAUCAACGAGCCCGCACAAGUUUGUUACGAAGGCUACGGGGUUGCUACAAAGGCUCCUUUGAUGAAUGUAUCAGGAAUCGGCGAGUACGUGUGCGCAAGACACAUUGCCCUCGCGCACGCUAAAGCGUACCACCUGUAUAACGAUGUGUACAAGCCUCAAUACGGUGGAGUGUGUGGUUACACCUUCGCUGUAGGCUCAACCGCUCCUCUCACGGAUUCUGAAGAAGAUAAAUAUGCUGUGGAGUUAAUGGUCCAACAGCAGUGGGCAAUAUACAGCGACCCUGUAUUUUCUAAAGACGGAGGGUUCCCUAAAGACCUUUUGGAGCUGGUUGCUGAAAAGAGCGCAGCGCAAGGCUUCCCGAAAUCUAGACUAAUCGACUUCACGGAGGAAGAGAAGGCCUAUAUUCGUGGUACUAGCGACUUCUUUGGCGUCAACCAUUACUCUGGAGCCCUGGCUUCAUUCUCUCUGUAUACGCCCCAGGCCGUACCAUCGUCUAUGGACGAUAUUGGAGUGGGACAAAUGGUACCUGAUGAUUGGCUUCAGUCUGCAUCUGCGUGGUUUCAAAAAAUGCCAGACAGUAUGUACAUCACAUUGAAACUAAUUAAGAAUAGAUAUGGGGAUAUUCCUAUCUACAUUACGGAGAAUGGUUGGUCGUCGUACGGAGGCAUCGAUGAUGAUAACAGAGUGGACUACUACAGAUCUGCGUUAGAGGGCGUGCUAGACGCUUUGGACGACGGCAUCAACGUCAAGGGCUAUUACGCGUGGAGUCUCAUGGACAACUUCGAAUGGCUGGCUGGAUACACGGAAUGUUUCGGUUUAUACCAAGUGGAUUACAAGGAUCCUGAACGGACUCGUACGCCGAGAAAGUCAGCUUUUGUCUACAAACACAUUAUUAAGACGCGAAUGGUCGACCCUGACUACGUACCCGAAACCACUGUCAUGACCAUCGACGAGGGACAUUGAUUGAUUAAAACAAUUGCAAAAUAAAUAAAUAGACUAAUU